AUUUGAAGUUGCUAAGUUUUUUUUUAUAUUCUAUAUUUUAAAAUAUUGAACUCUAUUUGAAAAGGGUGGGAGAAGAACGGUCGACUCAAUUUGUAGUUUUGGAGGAAGGUGGAUUACCAUUGAUUCUGUCCGUGUUCAGGGAUUUCCUCCUUUCUUCCAACCUUCUCCCUUUUUCAGUAUCUCCUUUCCUUGAUCCUGCAAGCCAGUAUCUUCUUUGUGUGAUGAGUGAUUUAUCUUUAGAUUAUUUUCUGAAAACGCAUGGCAAAGGCCUAUAAAGCUGCUGACAAAACCGCUGCAUCUAACAGUUGGGAGCCUUUUAGGAUUCUACAGUGGGAAACCAAGCAAAAGAUUAAGGGUGAGCAGUGAGAGAAUAUGCUAGAGAGGAAAGCUUCUAUAGGUAUUUUUUUUAAAAAACCAAUUAAUAAGGGGGAAGAAGUGAAUUGCAGAGACACUGAACCCGUACUUCCAAGUCUGUCUUCAUGGAGGAAAAUACCUGAAACCUGGAGAAUCAUUGGCAAGUAUAAAAGAAGACCUGUGAUGUUAAUUUUUUUUAAAAAAAAUAUUAGCGAUGAGGACUUGAAGUGGAUAAAUUCUCUGGAAUGUAUAAUCUACAUCCCAGUGUUGAAAGAGGUAACUUUCAUGAGUGGCAACAUUGAUUAUUUCUCAAAUUUCUGUUGUGUGGAAUAGUCCACUUACGUUAAUAUUAGCUGUAUGAAAAACACUAGAAUCUGUAAUAAAUGAUGCGAGAUCAGGACAAUUUAAAAAAUAAUAGUAGGAUUAGGCGAUGCCAUUGGACUUACGAAAGGGGAGUUUUGUUUUGAGUAUGUAAUUUGCAGAAUGGAUGAAUGUGGCAUACUUAGAUUUUAAAAGGCUUGUCACUAUGUUCCACACAAGAGGUUGGUAAACUGAAUUAGAGCGCAUACCAUUUGGGGGAAUAUAGUGGCAUGGAUUGAAAAAACAGGAAUCAAGGGUAAUAUUCAGCUUGGCUAACUGACUAGAUGGGUGUGCAAGAAUCUGUGCCCUAGCCGUUCUCAAUCUUUAUCAAUUACUUAAGUGUGAGGAUUAAAUGUAAUAUUUCCAAGUUUGCAGAUGACAUACAAGUAGGUGGGAGUGGGAUUAAUAAGUUUGGAGGCUAAGUGGAUAAAAUUUGGCAAGUGGAGUACAAAGUGGGGAAAAAUGAGAGAUUAUCCACUUUGGUAGGAAAAGAAAUACAAAAGAUUUAAGUGGUGAGACACAGUUUUAAGUUUCUUUUAUAAAUUACUGAAUGUACAGAUGCAGCAAGCAGUCAAUAUUUACUUCGUAAAUACCUAAUUAUUUGAAAAUGGAAUUUUGUGUUGAAUCUGCCAUGCUUCUUUCAGUAGGGAAAGUUGGUUUACUAGAAUUGCAACAUCGCUGAUUUACUUAACUGUCCAUGUAAAUUCCAAAGAGGUCAAAUGAAAUUCCAGUAUCUUAGAAUUUGGUUGUGAAUGGAAUUGGGUCAGUGAUUAAGUUACAACCCCAAAGUCAGCUUUUCUUAAAGAAUUUGUGUGGAAUGCAAGUUCUUCUGUUUCCUCUCUUUCUCUCUACCCAAAUGUCAUUACACCAGCCACUUAAGUAAAACCUCUUCUCAGACUAUUUCUGAAAGUGCAUCCUACUUAGUUGUUUUGUCCUUUAAUAUUCAAAACUUGUGCAACAGUUACAGAAUUAAGAUAUCAGCCCAUAUUACCUGCCUGUCAAAGAUUUCAUAUACUUUACAAUAUCAAGAUUUUUGCUAGCUUUGCUGAAGGUAGUGACAUUGAAGAAUGACGUGUUCCUCCUGCAAAGAAACUUCAGCUGGUUAUGGCUAAUGCGUCAGUGGACAUAAUCAUAGCCUUGAGAAUGAAGAAAUAGAAUUAAGAUUGUCAUUCAAAUUUUGAAUGGAGGUGAAUUCUCUCUCAAUACAAUGUCUGUAAAGCACGAUGUCUGACGAAGGAAAGCUUUUUGUCGGUGGUCUUAACUUUGACACAAACGAACAGUCGCUGGAAUCCGUUUUCUCCAAAUAUGGACAGAUCUCUGAAGUUAUUGUAAUUAAGGACCGGGAGACGCAGAGGUCGAGGGGUUUUGGUUUCGUCACGUUUGAAAAUCCUGAUGAUGCAAAGGAUGCUAUGUUAGCUAUGAAUGGGAAGUCUGUUGAUGGGCGUCAGAUUAGGGUAGAUCAAGCUGGGAAAUCCUCUGGAGAACGAUCCCGAGGCUACAGGGGUGGAAGUGCAAAUAGUCGUGGAUUUUUCCGUGGAGGGUCUGGGCGUAGAGCCCGUGGGUUUUCGAGAGGUGGAGGAGAUAGAGGGUACAUUGCAAGGUAUGAUUCAAGAAGUGGUUACUCUGGAUCUAGAGACUACUAUAACAGAGACAGAAUGAACCUGAGUGACGAUUUCGUGAAUAAUGAUGCUGAUUGCCCUUUGACACUGAAGGCAGAGGAAAGCAUUUGGGGUAUAGUCUCACAGGUGACUGUCACUAAUCGAUGAUUUAUCCAAUUCAUCAAUCAAGUUGAGUGAAAAUGGUUGCAAAUCUGUGAAAUUCUCUGCCCCAGAAGGUUGUGGAGACAAAAUCAUUGAGUGUAUUGAAGACCAAGAUGGACUAAUGUCAGAACUUAAGGAGACUCUAGGAUUAUGGGAAGCCAGCAGCAAUGUGGAAUUUGAGACCAAGAUCGAAUUAGUCAUGAUAUUGUUAAAUGGUGGUACAUGCCUGAGAGGUUGACAACUUUUGGUGCUCCUGUUUCUUUUCCUGAAUGGCAGCUAACUUUUUACAAGGGGAUUAUUGCUUACAGACAUGUACUAUCAGCAUGCGGUGCUGGUCAGUAGUCAAAAGUGGAAUCUUGGCUGGUCUGCAUUAACCCAAGUGUGUUGAACCAGUAGUAGAAAUCUGCACAUCUUUGUUUUCUGACUUUUUUUUUCUUUAAUUAUUGUUUAAUAUCUUGUUUGCUCCAACUACCUGAUAAAAUAUAUAUUUGAUCGGGUUGGGGUGUUAUGAAAGUUGGCGGUUGCUGGCAGAGGAUGCUGUAAAAAUACUAACUACUGCAAGACUGCUGGAGCCAGAGGAAAUUGAAAAUUUUGCAAUUACAAAGCUAUCAUUCCUUUUACAAUGUUCAAUAAAGCAACAUUUUAUAAUUUAAAA